GAAAAAGAAAGCAGCCCGUGUCAUCUUCGGGACCCGCCAACAGCUCAGGAAUGGCUAACACAGCUGGGCCGUCACCGAGUUCAGCACCGUCGACACCGUCAACUCACACACCUGGAGAUGUGAUCUCAAUGCCAGCUUUGCCACAUAACGAUAAUACGUCAAAACCGUUAAUGAUGUUCUGGCCUGAUGGGCCCACAACGCUUUCAUCUCCGUCAAAUCAAUUGUGGGAUGAUAAGGACAUUGUGCAGGCUGACAUGGAACGUUUUGUGGAGGAUGGAUCUCUUGAUGAUAACGUUGAGUCUUUUUUAUCAAAUGAUGAUACCAAUUUAAGGGAUACUGUCGGUCGUUGUAUGGAUGUGAGCAAAGGUGAGACGUGA